AAGAAUGUCUUUACUGUAUUAACGAGCACGCCUGCUUCAUGUAAUGAUUGUAAUCACAGUGUCAUUUACUCAUUUCUUUGAUACAGGACUUGACAUUAGCAGAUCUUUUCAUGGUCGGAGUUUAUGGUUUUAUUUUUGUUUCAUUUAUUGUCACCAUAAUUAUGCUGAGAUUACAGAGAGAUAAUUACUUCUACUUUGCUGACGUGUUCUACAGUUACACUGAGUGGCUGGUACGUAGUAUUUAAUAAUAUAGCAAUAACGUCAUUGUCGUCAUACAUCUCGACAUAUGAUAACUUGGAACACUAGGUGAUCUGGACACAGAUCACCUUGCCUCCUCCACAGGCUCUCGUUGCAUCUUGGGAAGGUCACAAUUUCAAGAGGCUCUUUAAAACAAAAUGGCAUGCAGUCCCAUCAUGCAUAUGGAGUAACGCUUGCCUAUACUUUUCAGUUGUCAACGUAAAUUAAUGUUUUAAAGCAAUUUUGGGAACUACAGUAAUACUAGUCCAACAUUUUGCGCAGAGAACUCAUGAAAAUGCUCAAAUUGUCUUGCUCUAAUACUCAAAACGGCAUUACUUUCUGCUUUUUACUUACAAAAUACACUGAAUUUUCACGGUUGUAUGCGCUGCUUGUCUUUCUUAUAAUACAAUAUUCUGUGGGCACUGUCUGGGGUGUUUUUGAUAAUUACAUGUUUUUGACAAUGACCAAGUUAUAAGCUACUAUACCACCAUGGUGGCAAUAUUGCAUGCUUUCCAAUGGCUGAUUCCAGCUAUGGACGAAAUUUUGAUCUAGACAAGAAAAACGAAAUCCAACACCAUAGCUGGAAAGAGCAUCUUAAAAUGAGUAAAACUGCAAAGUUUGGUUGCGAAAUGUUGUAAAAUGAAGAAAAUAUAGCCCUGUGAAGUUUGCAAAUUUUGUAUAUAAAUUAUUUGUAUUACACGCGGUAAAAAUAACCACUUUCCGCUCAAAAAUGGUUAUUUUUCUCGUGCGUAAUGCAAAUAUAUACAAAAUUUGCGAACUUCACAGAGCUAUAUUUUCCUCAUUUUACAACAUUUUGCAACCAAAUUUUGCAAAUUUACCCAUUUUAAGAUGCUCUUUCUAGUGUGGUGUUGGAUUUCGUUCUUCUUGUCUAGAUCAAAAUUUCGUGCAUAACUGAAAUCACCCAUUAGCUUUGUUUUCAAAUUACAGUUGCUGUAGGCCUCCAUAACUCAGGUUUAAUACUAAUUUUCACUUCGUUGAUUUUUUAGGUUUGGUUUAGUGGGCCAUCGUUUUUCUUUCUUUUGUACUACAUGAGAUUCACGCUCUAUCGUGUUCUCAUUGCUGAACUUGUCAUUAGUUUGUGUGCUCUGCUUCUCAAGAAAUGUUUCUCAUUUUCAAAGUAAGAAUUUAUAUAGUUUUGAAAUAUCUUAAAAUGUCACCGAAUCAUAUUACUAUAGGAAUUACAUGAGAAAGUAUGCAAAUUGGGACUAUAGUCCUGUACCCAUUUUCUGCCGUUGUAUUGUCAUGACCGAAGUAUAAUUUUGUUGGGCUCAUAAUUAAUGACCAUUGCAUACCUGAUAUGUUGGUAUGACCAUUGCAUAUCUGAUAUGUUGGUAUGACCAUUGCAUAUCUGAUAUGUUGGUAUGACCAUUGCAUAUCUGAUAUGUUGGUAUGACCAUUGCAUAUCUGAUAUGUUGGUAUGACCAUUGCAUAUCUGAUAUGUUGGUAUGACCAUUGCAUGUCUGAUAUGUUGGUAUGACCAUUGCAUAUCUGAUAUGUUGGUAUGACCAUUGCAUAUCUGAUAUGUUGGUAUGACCAUUGCAUAUCUGAUAUGUUGGUAUGACCAUUGCAUAUCUGAUAUGUUGGUAUGACCAUUGCAUAUCUGAUAUGUUGGUAUGACCAUUGCAUAUCUGAUAUGUUGGUAUGACCAUUGCAUAUCUGAUAUGUUGGUAUGACCAUUGCAUAUCUGAUAUGUUGGUAUGACCAUUGCAUAUCUGGGUAAAUAAUUGCGUGACCCUGCUUAUGACGUCACAUGCAUAUCCACAAUAAUCCAAGAUGGCGGACAGCUGGUCAAAAAUAUUUCGAGAACUAAACAACAUUUGUAGAAGCGGUAAAAAGAUUUUCCAUAUAAUUUUAAUAGUUCUUUCAAAUGAGCAAACUUAAUUUUUAUUAAAGUUGGGCAUAGAAACUGAGAAUAAAGAUCUUCCUUUUAAUGCCUGAUGUCGAAACGUCAGAUGGGUCUAAACGUUUGUGUUAUAGACCAAAAAUGUGCAACAAAUAUCAUUGAAGUCACAAAUGAAUUAUACACGCAGCAUACAAGUCAAAGAAAUUGUGAAUGUAAAAAAGUAGAAAUAAACAAAAUAUACGCUAUAUACCCUGGACACCAUCCCAACAAAAUAUUUUCUUUUUUGCAGAAAAAUGGUGUUCAAGUUAACUUCAUUUGAUAAGAUUUUAGAAAGACAUUCAUCAGCGAGUUCCCCAGAUCAAAAAACGCCUGAAAUCUACCAUCAUGUUUCCACAGCUGGUUUACGAAGUAGAGACGAGAUCAGUAAUCAAUAUCACAUGUUACCACAAAAUGAGGUGAUGAUCUUUGAUAUAGUGAUUCAUUCGAACAUAUCAAAUUUAAAUGAAAUGCUUUCUAGGUCACCGUAUUUUGAGUACUUUCGCCAUGUUUGAUUUGACAUGCAGAAGUAAAGGUGUUAUACAAGGAGCACGCGAGCACUGCUCGCAGAAAAUGUUAAAUAGCUGCAGGAAUUUCGUUUGAAUGAAGAUUCGCUAUUGAAAAUUUGAAGGAAACCGUAACACCCAUGUCCACUAUGGGGCGCAACGACAUAUGGUUGACAGACAUUAUUCCUUGAAUUUAAAACCAUGGUCAGUUAGAACACUAUAUGUUUAUGCACAUACAGAUUUAGCACAAAAAUAUUGGUCUGCGGAAAAAAUUUUGUCUCCAGGUUGUGCUCCCAGGAAGAAAAUUAUUUUUUCCUGCCCUGAUAUAUAAGCCUGCGACGAAGAUUCAUAGAGUCCGUGUGCAUGGUUGGUUACCGUAUGCUCUGUUAGUUUAGCUCCCUGGGACCGGGGUUAUAAUAAGUGGUGGGCUAAGUAGAUGCUGGGGGCUAAAUAGAUGUUCACGUUCUUUUAAAAAAAGUUACAGACCCAUCAAUAGAGGGACAAUUUCAUACAAUUUACCAUUAUUUAGCCAUAUCAGUGAACGUUAUAUAUGUUUGUGUUUAUAUCUCGCUAUGAGUUUAUAUUAAGAAAGACUUGAUUAAUAGAGGAUGGGCUAAAUGGAGGGUGCAUGGGUGCUUAUUUUGUUUCAGCGAAUCUGGACUGGGAGCUAAUUAGAAAGGGGGGGGGGAGCUGAAUAGAGGAAAUACUGUAAGUAGUGAUUGUAGAAAUAGUGCAAGUAGCUCCUGGUUUCCAUUUCGUCGCAACUGUCAUGACCAAGACAUGAUCGUCGAUUGUUUUGUGAUCUAUCUUUUUUGUGUCCUUUGAUUUUGCAAUUCAGUCUCACAGAGAUAUCUACCGACGCUCUAUUGCACAAUUGUGACAUGAUCCAACAACCACACAACAAAACAACGAACUAGAAACUAGGCUAAAAACUGCCAAGCCAGCCAAGAAAGUAUUGCAUUGCUGUUUCGAAUUAUGACAUUAAAAACGGGAAGAAUAUUCAAAGUAUGGAAAAAGGGGUGAAGAAAAAUUAACAAACAAGAAAAGUUAACAAACUCAAGAAAAAUUAACAAACAAACGAAUAUGGACGAACGAAUUAUAUAUAGCAUUUUUAACUCUCAUUAACAUAUCAUUUCGAGGUUACGCGUAAUCUAAUCCCGUAAUCUGUGUUUGUUCUAGGACAUAAAUGCAGAAACUAGUGUUUUAGAAAGAUCAAGAACUUGCUUUCCAGGAAAAAUUGCUGACAGUGGAGACCGCUGUCCCAAACGGAAAAUGGCUGCCAACAGGGAAACCUGAAACACAACCGCUCAUGGUUGUCGAGAUUGUGGUUGAAUUAAUGUAGCUAGAUAUAGCGCUAUCCACCAGGGGAGGUUGUUUGAAAGUUGAUUAUAGCUUAACCCUAGGUUAACGUAAAAUUCAAAGCAGAUGUCCUGACAUGCAGCUUCUCUAUAAAUUUGGAAAUAUACAAUUACUUUAUGGUUUCCGUGUUUGGAUGGCCUGAUCCAAACACGCGGGAAUGUUGCGAGGGUUAAGAAAAGCGAGCGAAACACGAGCCGAAGGCGAGUGAUUUUGCCCGCUUUUCUUAACUCGAGCAACAUUCCCAAGUGUUUGGAUCAUUCCAUCCAAACACGGAAACCAUAAAGUAAUUGUUUUAUAAAAUAACAACAACACGAUAGCCUUCCGUGUUUGGAUGGCCUGAUCCAAACACGGGUUUCGACCAAUCAGAAUACGCGUUAUGUACAUGUUAUUUUAUAAUGUUUCUUCAGAAAUCUUGUCUGGAUCGAUAGGAGUUUACUUCUCUGAAGUUAUGAAAUAAACAGACGUGCAGAAAUACACAAACCAAAAAACAGCGGGUUAAAUUUUUACCGAAGGUUUAGCGCUAACCCACCUUUGAACAAUCUCCCCGGAUAGUGAUUCAGUUAUAACGUGUGUUGACCAUAGUAUAACCAAAUUAAAGUUUGAUAAUCAUAAAUUAAAAAAAAAAUUUAAUAUUUAUUAUGAGGUCUAUAUCAGUAGUUUCAUAGCUUUUUAAACAUUUUUGCGAAGGUUGAAAAAAUCGCAAUUCGAUUGACAGUGUUAUCGGCCUUCGUUAGAUACCAAAGUAUUCGUAGCAUUAACGAUAUACAUCCGGACUAUUAUAACUGAGUAAGUAAGUUCCUAUCAUCAGUAAUUUCAUAAUUUCCGAACUGGACCAUUCUCGGGUGAAAUUGUUAGUGGUAAUUAGUGCUGGAAUAUUUCUUAAAUAUAAUUAUGUUAGUUGGAUGAGGAAUUUUAAUGUCUUCUUGAUAUUCAAUGUAUUAUAUUCAAUAGAGGAAUUCCAAUGUUUUUG